UACAAUACAACAAUUUUUUCGUCUGUCAGUUUAAUUGACGGUUUCAGUUACUGGUAUUUUGAUAUUUAAGUUAUUUUUUUAGAUGGUUUAAUAAAUGAAAUAAUAUAGUAUCAUGGCCUCAAUACCACAUAUACAAAUGUUUAUAUUAUUAUUUCUAGUUUCAUACACAAUAUCUUCAAUAUCGGCUGAAUGCUCUAUUCCUGUAGUUUUAAGAAACACAUGGUUUUCAUUUGAAAAUGGAAAACAGACCAUCACUGAUAUUAAUGCAAAUGAGAUGACAGGAAGAGGUCUGUGUGUGAAUAUUAAGGCUGAUUACCAUGUUAACUAUACAAUGGUAUUCCGGUAUACCAAGUGCUACUAUUGUGUUAAACUCAUAGUUCGAACAGUUAAUGUACUGGAGAAAAUUGAAACACCAUGUGUGGAUGUCGGACAAGAUGAAGAGCCAACGGUUGAAAGAGUGUGCAAAGGCCUUAAUCCUGAUCAGUCUUUAACUACAUUGUUCUCGGAGAAUUCUGUCCCAGUCAAUUGUAGAUCAUCACUUGAAGGUGUCUGGCAGUUUGCUUAUCAAAAUCGUUUCAGGUUCACUGGAGAAUGCAAGCAUCCAGAUGCUCAGAUCAAAUCGUGUCAAACAGCUGGAACACAGUUUUUAAUUACUAAUCAGAAGUUUAAUAUUACAUACAGGAAGUGUCCUGGAAUGUCUGGUACUUUUGAUGGUGUCGUUGAAUAUAGCUGUUUAGGUCAUUGGUUUGUUGAUAAAAAUCAUUUCUUUGCUGUUGCAAACACAAAGGAGUCUCGUAAAGAUGAAAGAUACCGUUGCUUCCUGAAGAACAGAGAUGAUGAUCUAUAUAUUGGUGCAUCAAUCACACCACAGUGUAAUACAUUGAAGACCGUUGAGAAAUCACCAGAGAGAUACAGAAUUACCCCUGUUAAGGCAGAAGUAGUAGAACCAGGAUGUCGUUUACCACAAAACUUUUCUGGUGAUUGGAUCAACACUGCUAAUAUUGAUGCUGAUGUUUUUAUUAAUGAGACACAUAUAAUUGAAACUUAUUAUCCCGAUGAGAGCAGAUCUAGGCGUACUAUUUAUGUUUGCAGAGAACAGCGUGACAGCCGUGUAAUGAUGGCUCGACUUACUGUUGAUGGUUGUCAGAAGGACUAUGUCUGUUUCGAUUUCGUACCACAACAUCACAAUGUUAUAAGAUAUCGUAAAGGUUUAGCUAUGAUACAAAGUAACUUCCACACAGUAUGCUCAUGGGUGCAAUUUAAAAACUCGCAGCAAUGGCGGUACGAUAUUUUCCUAAAGAAAGUUCCCACACCGAUACGUUGCCCUGUAGCAGGCAAAUUUAAUUUUACACAAAGGGGUGACGUCAGGUUCGAAACAAGAAUUUUAGGUGGUGUAACACUGAGCCCUCGGCCAAAUUUGUACUGCAAGUUGAAUUUAAGUGACUUUUCAGUGUGCGAUACAGAACAAAAGACUAUUCAAAUUAAGGAAAAUUACUGUCUAUCUGUAGACUAUUUAGGUAGACCAGUGGAUAUUUACAGUGAUCCUGAUUACAAAAUGAAUUGCAUAGGAUAUUGGAAAGAGAAUUUGAAAUCUUAUCUCAUUACAUAUGAUGAGUUAGAUCCUUUCUCAAAGUACAGAUGUUGGGUGUAUCAGAGAGCUGACCUAAACCGGGUUCUCAUGUCUCAAGCGUUGGGUCCGUACUGUGACUUAAAACAGGAUGUGACCUCAUGGAACUAUACAGAAGGCGCGGCAGUCGCCGUCGAAAUGGAGGAGUAUGAAAGAGAAAGGGAUCAAUGUCCUAUGCGUUUUGAUGAUGGUAGUGACCCUUGGUCAAAUAAGGAAAAUCAUGUUAAAAUUUUCUCCUUCAGUUACUCAUUUUGGAGGAAUAAUUCUGCAUCAACUUUAGAAAUAUUUGUCCCACUUCUAGUAGCAGCUUUAAUUUACUUAUUGAAAUAGUCUUAAUAGUUGAUAUAUAUUUAUUGUAGGCCACAUUACACAAUACUUAUCUAUUUCAAUAAUAUAUUUAUAAGACUUUUCAGUCAAUUUAAUGAUUCCGACAUAGAAUUUAACAUCAUAGAGAUAAGUUUUGUUUGAUUUUUUACCUUUUAAUGCAAAGUUUAGAUAGGUACUAAUUCUAUUGAUAUGAAACUUCUUUAUGAUCAUAGUUCACAGUUUCAGGUUCUAUAUAGUAUGUAAGUAAAUAGGUUGCAUAUAUUAUGAGAUAUGGCUUAACAUGUUGACAUAGUUGGAGAGAAAAAUGACGGUCCAGGUACUUUUGAAGCCAAUGCUGUAAGAACUAACAUUAAUAUGUCGAAAUUAAACCCCUUCGAAAUUGGGGCAAGCAGCUAGCUUUUUAAAUGUUUUAGCUACUGUAUUUUACAGUUUACUUAAUUAGACAUGCUCAAUUAACAAAUUAAAUGGAAGUACCAAAUA